UACCUGUUGGUAAAUGAACAAUCCUGACAGCACUAUCUGUGGUAUUCACAUGUUGGCCCCCUGCACCCGUAGAUCUUUUGGUCUCAAUCUUCAAAUCACCUGGAUUUAUGUUCACCUCAAUGUCAUGCGGCUGGGGCAAAGCAAUAACAGAAACAGUACUGGUGUGAAGCCUGCCAGCUUUUUCAGUGGUAGGAAUACGCUGUACUCUGUGUAUCCCAGCCUCAUGCUUGAAAUAGCUGAAGACUGAGGGGCCAUUUAUCAAAGCUGAGGCAUACCUCAAGCCACCAAUAUCUGUGGUUGCAUACUCUGCAAUUUCCAGUUGCCAGCCUUUGUGCUGGGAAAAAUUGCAGUACAUAUCAAACAUUUCUUUGGCAAAGAGCAUAGCUUCUUGGCCUCCUACCCCUGCCUGGACUUCUAGAACUAUAUCAUUGCAUACAUCUUCUUUGUCCACAGGGAUGAGAGCCUGUAUUAGUUUUUUAUCUACUUUACUAAUCUGUUCUUCCAUUUCGACCUUCUCAUCUCGUGCCAUUUUGGCAAUUUCACUGUCCUUUUCCUCCAACAACUCCUUCAAAUUAUUCAAGUUCUUCACGAUAUCCUCCCGAUCUUUUAAAAUCUGUAUGAUUGGUUGUAACUCUAACCAUCUUUUGCCACUAUUUAUGUUGUUCUUUAGGAGAUUAUCGUAUUCAUUUUGCAAAUUUAUAAUGUAGUUGUUCAAAGAUGUGCCAUUUAGUUUCAGAUUUAAAUCAUAGCUGGGAAGAGAAGAAUAUUUUCUUCUCAAAGACAAGUUGCUCUUAAAAUUGUAUGCCAAUUUUAGAAUCUCUAACGAUUUUCGCAAGAGUGUCAUGUUUAUUGAUUAUAUAUCAAUCAAUCUCUUCAUCUCCAUACAACAUUUUCUAUUUCCUCAUAAUUUGAAAAAUAAAGAGAUUUCAAAUUUUUUGUCCAAUGCUAACCUAACCUCACUUCACUUUCACUUCAACACUCUUCUUUCUUUCGAUGACCACAGACUUCACAGUCCCUAACUUUCUUCAUAACAUUUUUGACCUUAUUAGACAUAACCUAGUUUAACAAGAAAAUUGAGACUUUAACCAACUUUUUUUUUUCAAAAUUGAAAUCACUGUUUAAAUUUGAAAUAAUGAAAUUUGAAAUCAAUACUUUCGUUUUGUUUUCGUGACUGUUGGCUGUUGGUGAUAAAAAUUAUGAAAAUAUAAAGAGAGCUUGUGAUAAAAAUGUCAAAGGAUAUUAGAUCUUUCUUCAAUAUAGUGUCCAAAAAAACUGGCAGUGGUACUACUAAACCUGCCGAAACUACUGGAAAAAAACCUAAGCCAAAAAAACCUUUGAUAGAUUCUGAUGAUGAAGAUAUCAUCAUAAGCACCCCAGAGAAAACACCAAAAUCUAGUAAACGGAAAGUCCAUCGAAUCAGUUCUGAUUCAGAAGAUGAGAAAAAGAAGAAAAACACCCCAAAAAAAUCAAAAAUCAAAGAAGAAAAGCUGAAGCCAGUAAACAUUGAUGAGAUUUUCGGAAACAAACCAAUCAAACAAAGCAAAGUAGAGCCAUUACCCAUAGUUGAGCAUAAAGAAGAAACCAACAAGACCAGAAAAGGCAAGAAAAAAAAGAAAGGGAACCCUGAAAUUGGCAUUCAUGGAGACAAUGAAUUUGAGCAAACACUCUUGGAAUUGGAUGAUGAUUUUUUGGAAGGUAAUGUUGACAUAUUGGACAAAACCAUAGAAGAAGCUCUUAGUAAAGUUGAGAAAGAGGAUCCAGAAAAUCUGUCCAAACCAGUUGAAGAAGAAAAAAAAUUGAAAAAAAGGCAAAGAGACAACUCCCAAGAGCCUCAAGGAUCUACAACAAAGAAGCAUAAACUUGAACACACUGAUUCAGGUAUUGAUCCUGAUCAAGAGGUAUUUGAAAAGAGGAGGUAUUCAGCUAUGUUAUAUCAGAAAUACAAGAACAGAGGGGGGCCAAAACAUCAUGGAGAAAAAGAAAUACCAAAGGGCAAACCAGAUUGCUUGAAGAACUUAACAUUCUUACGUACAGGUGUCUUAGAUUCUCUAGAUGGUGAAGAAUUUGAUAAUUUAGUGAAAGAACAUGGUGGCAGAGUAGUACACUCUGUGUCUAAAAAAGUGAGCUAUUUGGUAGUAGGUGAUGAACCAGGACCUUCAAAAUUAGACAAAGCUAGAGGUAUGAACAUACCAGAAAUAAAUGAAGAUGGUCUUUUAGACAUGAUCUUGGAGAAAUCAGGGAUGAAACCCAAAUUUUCAAAGACAAUAUCUAACAUUUCCAGUGAAUCUGGGAUAGUGUCUGAGGAUGAAGUAUUCAUACCAAAAAAAGUUGAUGUACCAUUAAAGAAACAAGAAGAAAAGGUUGAGAUCAAAGUGAAAGAGAAAAAAUCUAAGGAUGAAAGGACUAAAAGUGACAGCAAAAAAGAUGAUAACAAAGUGAAAGCAGAAGAGCGCAUAAAAAAAGAGAAAAAAGAGCCAAAUGAAACUUCCUCAAAGGUUGAGAUCAAAGUGAAAGAGAAAGAAUCUGAGGAUGAAAGGACCAAAAGUGACAGCAAAAAAGAUGACAACAAAAUGAAAGCAGGAGAGCACAUAAAAAAAGAGAAAAAAGAGCCACAUGAAACUUCCUUGCUUGAUGAAAAACCUAUGAAUGGCCAUACAACAAAACCAAAAAAAGAUUCCAAACAAUCCAUAUCCAAAGAACUCAUGAAAAUUACCAAAUCAGAAGAUUUACCUCAAGUAGAACGUACCAAAACUGUUUUUUCAGAUGAGUCAUUAUCUUGGACAGAAAAAUACAAGCCAAAAGACAUAAAGAGCAUCAUUGGCCAACAAGGGGAAAGCAGUAAUAUGAAUAAACUGUCCAAGUGGUUGAAAAACUGGUACAGAAAUCAGGUGCCUGAAAUCAGGAAAAAAAUACCUAGACCCUCACCUUGGGCAAAAAAUGAUGAUGGGGCUUAUUACAAAGCUGCUUUGUUAAGUGGUCCCCCAGGAGUAGGAAAAACUACAACUGCCACAUUGAUUUCCCAAGAAUUAGGUUUUGAUGUAGUUGAAUUCAAUGCUUCUGAUACUAGGAGCAAGAGGUUGUUACAUGAAGAAGUAUCUCAGUUGUUGAGUACUACUACUAUUGCAGGAUUUGCUUCAGGUGAAAAAACGACAACCAAAAAACGCGUCUUAUUGAUGGACGAAGUUGACGGAAUGGCGGGAAACGAAGACAGAGGCGGCAUGGACGAACUGAUAAACCUCAUCAAGAACACCAGCAUACCCAUAGUGUGCAUGUGCAACGACAGAAACCAUCAAAAAAUGAGAUCACUGGUCAACUACUGCUUCGACCUGAAGUUCAGCAAACCCCGAUUAGAACAAAUUAGGGGUGCCAUGUUGUCGAUCUGCUUCAAAGAGAACAUCCAAAUACCCCCCAACGCCCUAUCCGAGAUCAUAUCAAGCACAGGCUGCGACAUACGUCAAACGCUGAAUCACCUGUCUAUGUGGAGCGCAAAUGACAAAAAUAUGUCCAUGGAGACCGUCCAGAAAGAGACGAAAAAUGCGAAAAAGGACACCGUUUUGGGGCCCUGGGAGGUCGUCAGACUAGUCUUCACCGAGGCGGAACAGAAGAACAUGACCUUGGCCGACAGAUCGAGACUGUUUUUCUACGAUUACAGCCUGGGGCCGCUUUUCGUACAAGAGAACUAUCUAAACGUUACGCCGAAUUGUCCAAAGAAAGAGGUGAUGAAAAGGGUGGCAAUGGCUGCUGAUGCCAUCAGCAUGGGCGACUUGAUCGACGCGAAGAUAAGGGGCUCGAACAACUGGUCGUUGUUGGAGAGCCAGGCGAUGUUUGCGUCGGUGUUGCCAGGUUUCCACAUGCGCGGCAACGUCACGGCUCGCAUCAACUUCCCCGGCUGGCUGGGCAAGAAUUCCUCGGCUACCAAGCACAAGAGGAUGCUCGGCGAAUUGCAUAUCCAUGCGAGGAUCAGUACUUCUGGUAGCAAGAUGGCCAUGAAACUGGACUACCUCGUCCCGCUUCGUAACGCCAUUAUCAUGCCACUGAAAAAAUACGGCACAGAUGGCGUCCAACAAGCCCUAGCUGUCAUGAAGGCGUACAACUUGCUCAGAGAAGAUCUGACGAAUCUCGUCGAGCUUUGUCAAUGGAAGGAUGCCAAAAAUCCUUUCAAUGACAUCGACGCAAAGGUGAAAUCAGCAUUUACGAGGGCGUACAACAAAGAAGCCCCCCUUCUACCUUUUUCAUCUGCAGCAGGGGUGUCAAAAAAGAAAUCUUCAACAGAAGAAUCCACGUUAUUAGAUGAAGAGGAAGAAUUUGCGGAAUCUGACGAUGAAGAAAAUAAAGAUGAUGUCACUGAAGAUGCCAUGAUAAAGGUGAAGACUAAAACGGAAAAAGGUAAAAAAGAUGCGAAAAAACCCGGUACUAGCAAAGCUAAAGAUUCAUCGAAAGGAAAAACAAAAAAGGGAAAAGGAAAAUGAAAUCAUUUUAGGGAACACUUUUGAAACAUCUCUGGCGAUCUGAAAUUACUGUUAGAUCUGUAAUAUAGUUUUAUUUUUUUUACAAGCUUAUUAUUAUUAUUCAUUGUGAAAACAUUAUUCUGUAGCAUCAUGUUUUGUUAUGUUUUUUCUUACUACUAUAUGUUAGUUUUUGAAAUAUACCUGCUCUUUAUUUUGA